AUGAAUUACGGAACGUAUGAUAUCAACUGGACAAUGCCAUAUUGCAUUCUUUGUUUGAGACUUAUUGGCUUGGCUUGGGAUUAUCGCGAUGGCAGCCUUCCUGUGGAUAAGUUGUCAGUGUACCAAAAAGGCGCCGCUAUUAAAACCCUGCCCGAUCCACUAGAAGCUCUGUCGUUUUGUUUCAUGCCAACUGCUUGCUUUGCUGGCCCGCAGUUUACUUGGCGUCACUACCAGUCGUUCAUCAAUCAAACCCUGCGACCGCAAAUUGUGCUAAAGAACCGCACUACCAUACAGAAAUACAUUUUAAAUCCAAAGUUGCAUCGAACACUGAGCCGACUGUCGGCUGGGGUCUUAUUCAUCGCACUUUACGUCUUUUCCUUGUCCUACUUUCCAAUGGAUUAUAUGCUUUCCAAAGAGUUUCUCAAGGAGAAAUGGUUCUUCUAUCGUAUCGGCUACAUGUGCAUCUACUCGCAGUUCUUGAUAAUGCGUUACCUGGCUAUUUGGCUCAUUGGAGAGGGCGCCUGUGUGCUGCUGGGCCUCGGGUGUACCGGACGCAUCCGCGUUGACUACAAGGAUAACCAGACGGACAGCCAGCCAGACGACACUGCGGGCGAUUUCGGUCAGCGUUUCCGCAAAGCCGCCGUCCUCAGCAGCAGUGCCACGGGUGGUUUUCGACCGGCCAGUGACUUCGACUUCAAGGAGCUGGACGAGGCGGUGCGCGAUGGUCGAGCCACCGUCACCGAGGCGCAGCACACGCGUUGUGCCAACAUCUCGGUGGUGCGUUUCGAAUCCGCCACCAACACCGACCUCCUCGUGUCUUCGUUCAACAUCAACACCAACAAGUGGAUGCUUGAGUACGUCUACAAACGACUGCGUUUCCUCGGCAACAAGACCUUAUCUCGAUGCCUAACUCUGAUCUUCUUGGCGGUGUGGCACGGCUUCUACAGCGGCUACUACGUCAACUUCUUCCUCGAGUUUAUCACGAUCUACGCUGAAAAACAGAAUGCAUGCACUCUUGUGUCGGGCCUAAAAUCACGUGGCCGCUUCAUCCAAGAUCAGCGUGAGGUCACCACGCUGCCUUCAAACUCUGAUGUCCCUGAAAGGUGA